CCUUGAGCUACCAGUUCUAUAGAAUAAUCUAUGGUUUCACAUCUCACAUCAAUAGCUCCUUUCUUCUCUUUCAUUCACUUGCUACUUUUUUCUUGGCAAAUCUGAACCAAAGGGACAGAGAAUUGUUUUUUUCCAAAAAAAACCAAACAGAUCCUGAGAGAAGACAGUUAGAGAAAAUGAAUAUCCUUUGCCCUGAAAGUGUUUCAGCCAAGUGGAAAAGAGUGAUCAUCAGAGAGCUUCUUCAGGGGCAGAAAUCUGCUACACAGCUCAAGGUUCUACUUGAGAAACCCUUUGAGGAUGAUGGGUCUUUCUCCUCUGAAGAACUCGUGACCAACAUACUGAGAUCUUUCACAGAGGCUCUUUCUAUCAUAACUUCUUCCUCAGAACCCGGUUGUGGUGGCGAGGUAGCUCAUCAGAAUCUGCUGAAUUCCGGCGAAAAUGGGACUCCAUUUACGUCUGGAGAUUCCGGUGAGAGUAGGAAGAGAUCCUCGCCGGCAAGAAAGGUUGGGAGAGGUUGCUACCAAAGAAGGAAGGGUGCACAGACAAGAACCACACUCUCCAACACCACCGAUGAUAAUCAUUCAUGGAGGAAGUACGGACAAAAGGAAAUCCAGAAUUCUAAAUUCCCUAGGAGUUACUUCAGGUGCAGUAGCAAGUAUGAUCAAGGUUGUAAAGCAACCAAACAGGUGCAGCUGACACAAGAGAAUCCUGAUAUGUACAAAAUUAUGUACAUUGGCAUUCACACAUGUAAAGCCACCCCCAAGGCUACACAUUUGGUCACAGAUUCUAGUACUUGGGAAUCUUUUAUUCUGAAUUCUGAUCCUGACUCAAACAUACCAAAUGAACAGGAUCACCAUAUUAGCUCCCCAAGCCUAACUAAAAAACAAGAAUAUCCCAAAGAAAACAAUUCGAGUGAUGUUACGGAUCACGAGUUGGAUCCUAGCCUGUUGUCCGAUUUGAAGGAUUCAGAACCCUCCAAGCCUGUCAUUAUGCCUUUGAAAAUGGAAUCUGUUAAUGCAGAUUCAUGUAUAGUUUUUCAACAUUUGGACAUAGAUUUCGAGGUGGAGUCCGUUCAUCUUGCCACUGACUUCCACUUUGAUGAGAAUCAGUUGCUUUGAUGCUUCCGUUAGAUUCCUAAGAUUAAUUGUUUAGAUUAGGAUUUUGAUCAUCUCAUUUUUCUUAAUAACAUGAUUGUGAUGUGUUUUGAGAGAAAAAAAAAUGUUAGUUUUUUUUUUUUUAUUGUGAUUGUGGGAUUGAAUCAAUCGUAGUUUUUCUUAUUUUAAUAAAAUUAAGCUAAUUUAUGAUCUAUAUGAGCUACAGUAUAAAGCCUAUUUAAUCAGGUGUUCUUUUGAUUUGGAUUUGGAUAUUUCUAAUUCACCAUAGGCCCAUGAUGGGAAUGGGAUUAGGGUUAACGGUUUGACUAGAUCUCCUCUGUAUUAAUAGUAUCUUGGGAAAACAGUUGCUCACAACUUACCCGAUGAACAUUUGUAAUAAGGGGUGUGGUGUGAAUGGUAGAGGAAGAUUCUUUUUCUUUAAUCUUUGCAGGAAUAUCAAAGAGCAAGCAUGACAAUAUUUGAGAUUUCAAGAAUCAUGUCUUCGACAAGCAAGUAAGCCUAAAUUUUUUGGUAUUCUAAUUUCAUAUAAUCUCUAUUAUGCGAUUUUUUAUAAAAUAAAAAUAAAAAAUUUACAGUUUCUCUGCGUAGGGACUAAACUUACCCGUGCAAGGUUUCGUCCUUGAUGCACGAAAGUAUUGUUUUCUCUCUCUUACAACUAUAACACUUUCAUGUUUUUAUGAAAAAUGAAGGAUACAAAUACUAUAAAUUUAGAUAUUGGGUUUUCGUUUUUCUCAGUUUCCUCUUCUGUGAAAGUGUGUCACUUUGACCAUUCUCAGUUGCGUUAAUAAUUAAUCAAUCUGAUGGGAUAUAUGUCUGUAUGUGCUUUGAAAAAAAUUGUGAAUAAAUAACACGGUCUAAGCCAGCUUUUAUGGGUAUUGUCUGUUGUGUAUGCAUAGCUUGCCUUUUAUUUUAUUUACUUUGAAGUCAUGCGUGAGUAUAUAGAAUCAAUAACGUCCUUAAAAUUUGAUGGAAAGGAGUGUGAGAGUGGAUGUAGGAGUGUAUUGCCAAAAAAUU